CUGAGCCCCUACUCAUGAGUGGCCGCGCGCCGGACGGAGCCGCGCGUCCCGUACCGGCGUGCGCCUCCAACGGCACGGCGCGCGCCGAGGGCACGUGCGCGGCGCACGUCGCGCCCCUGCUGCAGGCGUUCUCCUCCACGUCCGUGCUCUUCGUGCUCGUGGCGCUCAUCGUCGGCGUCGUGCUCGUGUCGCUCGCCACCUUCCACGCGCACAAGCGCAAGAUGAAGCGGCGCAAGAUGCAGAGGGCGCAGGAGGAGUACGAGCGCGACAGUCGCAGCCCGAAGCCGGCCAAGGGCGCGAAGCCCGCCGCGCGCCACUGCGUGGUGGCGCGAGCGGCCACCGGCGGCGGUGCGGCGCCCGAGCCGGCGCCCGCGCCUGCGGACGACGCGCACGAGCACGAGGAGGAGCGCGAGGACGCGCGCGAGCGCGAGCACGAGGACGCCGGCUCCGAAGCCCACAGCGGACACGCGGAUCGGGGAAGCGGCGCGUUGCUGGAAAGUGUCGCGCUGUCUUGA